AUGCAACGGGAAGGCAGCGAGGACAACGGCGACGAUGAUGGCGAGAUAAGCGAUAUUUCUGAAGAAAGCGUCGGAUUCGAAGAGGAACUGGAACUGCUGGAAGCUCAGCUGGAAAAGGAAGUACAUGCGAAUGCUGUUUCUGGCCCCAAGAGCUAUGAUGCCGUGAUCUUGGAAAGCGCCAAGGGGCCAACCGUCCACUGCUUGGAACCGGAGCUACCGCAGUAUAAAUGCGAUUCUUGCACGAAAACAUUCCACGAGCUAAAACAUCUCGUCCGACACAUCGAGACGCACAAUCGGUGGCGCUUCCGGUGUGAGCUGUGUGGGGCUUACCUGAAAACAAAGGCCAGUCUGUGUAAGCAUCAGCAACGGCACAGUGUCGAAAAGCGACACCAGUGUGAGGUGUGCUGGAAAGGAUUCAGCACUAACGACGGCCUGCAGGUGCACCGGAAGCUGCACCAAGAGUCGAAGCCACGCUAUCGGUGUGACGUGUGUGGCAAGGACUUCGGCCGCGUGUACACGCUACGCGAUCACAUGAAAUUGCACGACCCGGAACCGGAGCACCGGUGCGAACGGUGUUCGAAGGUAUUUCCGAAAAGGAGACAACUCCUGCUUCACGCAAGGACACAUCUCGUCCAGGAUUCGCUUGAUCCUCCUUUACAUGACCGCGUUGGUGCGUGAAACGUUUUAAAUCAUUCCAUCGGGGUGGCCCCGGGGUAAAGCCAUCGGAUCAUUUGCAUCUCCUAGUAUAAAUAUUAAAAUAAUUAAUAAAUUACACAGAAUACGUUUCAACGGGA